AUGGACAAAGCACAAACCGAACCCUGGCGACCCGACCCGCUCCACGGCGGCAUGUUCAGGCCACCGGAGACGCCGCGGGAGCCGAUGGAGUUCCUAUCCCGUUCCUGGAGCGUCUCCGCCCUCGAAGUCUCCAAGGCUCUCUCUCCGGCACUCUCCAAACUCACCCUCUCCAAUGGCGCCGGUGCCGAUGCCAUCCCGGAGGACAUCACCGGCGAGGCUGAAGAAGCGUCAGCCACCGUCUCCGGGAACCCCUUCUCCUUCGCCUCGUCGGAGACCUCUCAAAUGGUCAUGGAACGUAUCAUGUCACAAUCCCAGGAAGUGUCUCCACGAACUUCAGGAAGACUCUCGCACAGCAGUGGCCCUCUCAACGGAACCCAAAGCUGUGGCUCCUUAACCGAUAGCCCUCCAGUUUCUCCUUCUGAAAUCGACGAUAUCAAGCACACCCGCUCCAACAACAUCACCAGCAGUCUGUCUCUUAAUUUCAGAACCGCCGCGCCUGCCGCUGGCGGGAAGACGGUGGGGAGAUGGCUCAAGGACAGGAAAGAGAAGAAAAAGGAGGAGACCAGGGCGCACAAUGCUCAGCUCCACGCGGCAGUGUCGGUUGCCGGAGUUGCCGCGGCGGUGGCGGCAAUAGCCGCCGCUACCGCCGCCUCGUCCGGAGCUGGGAAAGACGAGCAGAUGGCCAAGACGGACAUGGCGGUGGCGUCGGCGGCGACGCUGGUGGCGGCACAGUGCGUGGAGGUGGCGGAGGCCUUGGGGGCCGAACGCGAACAUCUAGCCUCGGUUGUUAGCUCUGCUGUGAACGUGAGAUCCGCCGGCGAUAUUAUGACUCUAACUGCGGCGGCUGCGACAGCUUUGCGUGGGGCUGCUACAUUGAAAGCGAGGGCCCUGAAGGAAGUGUGGAAUAUUGCAGCAGUAAUUCCUGUGGAGAAAAAUUUGGGAGCUGUUGGAGGCAAUAAUAAGAACAAUAAUGGUAGCAAUGGAAAUUCUAACAGUAGUUUCAGCGGUGAACUUGUCACAGAAAAUAAUUUCUUGGGUAUAUGCAGUAGAGAAUUACUAGCCAGAGGUUGUGAGCUCCUCAAGCGCACACGUAAAGGUGAUCUUCAUUGGAAAGUUGUGUCUGUGUAUAUAAACCGGAUGAAUCAGGUUAUACUGAAAAUGAAGAGCAGGCACGUUGCUGGGACCAUCACGAAAAAGAAAAAGAAUGUGGUGCUUGAAGUGAUCAAAGAUGUACCGGCCUGGCCAGGGCGCCACUUGCUUGAAGGUGGCGAGGAUCGUCGUUACUUUGGGUUGAAAACAGUGAUGCGUGGUAUUGUGGAAUUUGAGUGCAGAGAUCAGAGAGAAUAUCAUGUGUGGACUCAAGGCGUUUCAAGGCUUCUCUCCAUUUCAGCAGAGAAGAACAACAGCAACAGAAUAUGA